AUGAGAUUAAAGUCUCUUUUGAACAAGGACGAAAAUUUUGCUAUCUUGGACAAUAGUGAUCCUCGUACAAAGUCAAUCCUCAGAAUAACCAGAAGGCUAGUCAACACCCUACCAUCUUCAAAUAAAGUAUCAAUUCUACCUACCUGGCCAGAUCCUAUCACUCACGGUAUAUCCUCCUUAGUUGAUCGAAGAGACCUUAAGAAACCAUCGACGACUACUUCACACAUGGACAUAGUUAACUUUCCAGACGGUCUAACUCUACAUCAUCCUGAUCUAAAGGCUAAUUGGAACAUUUACCUUAUAGAUGAUGAUACUCAAUUCAAUGCUUACGCCAUGCCUAGUAAAGAUAUUGUCAUUUAUACAGGAUUAAUGGAUUUACUAGACUACAGAGAGGAUUUCUUAUCAACUGUAUUAGCUCACGAGAUUGCACAUGUUACUCAAAGACAUGCUAUUGAAAACCUGGGCCUUCAAAACUUGGCUGCCGUUGUCUUUGAUUUCGUCAGAGGUGCUAUAGUUUCUUUUACUAUACCAUUUCCAAUAGUAACAUCGUCACUUACCUUAGCAAUAAACUGGAUCAAUGACCCUCUCAGUGAUAGUGCAUUCUCACGUAAACUAGAACUAGAAGCAGAUGUUGUAGGCUUAAACAUCAUGGCUAGGUUUGUUUGUUUGUCUUUUUACUUCUUUCUGUCUAACAACCCUCUUAGAGCUGGUUUCAAUCCAACUUGCGCGCUCCAACUAUGGUCUAUAAUGUCUGCAUUCGACAAAGAUAACAAUGAGAAUAAAUCAAUCUUUGAGCAAGCCUUCCCAUUUCUGAACACUCACCCACCAUCAGAAUACAGGCUCAGCGUGGGUGCUUAA